GUGACUUCCUUCCGUGCGCUCUCUUCUCUUGACGUGUUUGGGCCCUGGACGCGGUCUCUUAUGCAGGCAGAUCUCCUCCGCUCUCUUCGCCAUGCACCAUGCAGCCCAUAGCCACGUAACUAAUCCCGCCCACAGCAACGCCGACGCCAUGGACAUAGAUCAGGUCGAACCGCUCGACAGCGCCAUGGAAGCCAACUUCAACGGGAUCCCACCCACGAAAAGCGCCUCCUGGCAGGCUCACUCAAGCCCUGUCGCUAUCCCAGAGAUCCUUACCUUAACCCUCGCGCACCUCGACAGGAAAAGCCUUGUCGCCACCACAACUGUUGCUCGCGUCUGGAGCGAAAGCGCCAUCCCGCUGCUAUGGAGAUCCCUCCUGCGCCCACCCCUCACACCCGCAUUCUUUAGCCUCCUCGCCAAGAAUGGGCAUCAUGUUCAGCACCUGGACCUCGUCCUCAAUACCGAAAACGAGACUUAUGCAGUCGUCCCCAUGGAGCUCACUCGAAUUCUCAAGGUCACUCCGCGGAUCAAGAGCCUAGUGUUGCAGCUCUCACAUGGUGCUCCCCCCGAAACCAUCUCCUCGUUGCUCCGAGUUAUUACUGCUUUCGCCGCGAGUUUGAACGAGCUGGCCCUUGGGAUUGGCGAGAUGAACAGCGAGGACGCGACUGAGUUCUUUUCAUCACUCACAUCCAUCAAGAAAUUAGAACUCAUUCGCUUUGCAAGCUCCGAUGCCCUACGGGCGAUUGCAGAGGCGCAGCGCAAACACCCAACAGGACUCUAUCACUUCGGCACAACAUCAAGACUGACGGCGGGCACCCCACCAGGUGCGGCAACGAUCAACACGCAAAUGCUCCUCUUUGACGAUGCAUCACUCAGCUCUCUCGCCUCCAGAGUACCCGGCCUUAAGGAGGUGAGCGUCGUCAACAAUAUCACCCUUACCGCAACAGGACUUGUUGAUCUCGCCAGUCACUGCAAGGGUCUGACACGUCUACGCCUCGACUGUUGCAUGACCAUCGCUCCUGUUGGCUUCGAAUACUUGUUCGAGGCGUGCACAUCGCUGAAAGAGGUUCGACUUGGUCAUACGCAGGUGCAAGACGACGCCCUCGUCGCGCUCUCCACACCCGCGUCCCGAGCUGCCAACCUUCAAAUCUUAUGUGUGUCGCGCUGUCGUAACGUGACAAGCUUCGGGAUUCGGAACAUUGUCGAGUUUUGCGACAAUUUAGUAGAACUGGACAUCAGCUUGUGCUCGACUGUGUCGUUAGAUGUCUUUGAGGAUCCAGCUUGGACGUGCUCACAACUCGAAAUACUCAAAAUGGACUUCACGUUCCGGAACAGACCACCCGUAACCAACAAUUCUCAGGCACUGCAGGAACAACCUCAGGUAUCUGGCGCCAUGAUGGUGGAACUGACGGCUAUGUACCGCCAGAUCGGAAGACUCGCGCGGCUAAAGGAACUACACAUGGGUGGAACGACGUUUGAUCUCAAGCUGUUUGAAUUCGGUCGUAAAGGUCUAGAGGCACUCGCGAGGUUGAAGGUCUUGAAGUUACGAAACAUGUUCACGACGCUGUCGAACAAGGAGAUCAUCUGGCUGACAACGCGCUUUCCUAGUCUACGCAAGUUGGAGAUGGACAAGGGCGCUGUGAACCCAAGCUUCCUGAAGGACCUCGAGGAUAUUAACGGACAGAUCGAAGUUGUGCUUAUCGACAGGUACACAGACAUCGAAGCUUUCAUCGACCACAUGCAACAUGGUCCAGCAUCAGUACAGGAAGCUAUGGAAGAGGAAGGGGAAGGGUUAGAUUUGGCAGCUCCUCCCUUGGCUACGGAUUCCGACUCAGACGAUGAGCCGCAAAAUAAUGGCACCUGGGGUAACAACUGGAACACUAUGGAUACGGACGAUGAGAGUAUUCACACUAAUUCAACUAUGUCGAUGGCCCAGCACGAUGCACACCACGAUAUCGACAGUAGCUUCAGUGACGACUCUAGCGACCACAAUGAGAAUCACAGCAGCCAUUAUGACGAUGACGAUAGCAGCGAUGGCGAGGACCCGCACUCUAUUGAUCGCCAUUAUUCGAGUUCUCCUCCUCUAGUCCAAUCGUAUUCGGACUCUGAAGACGACGAGGAGCGCGAGUACCAACGACUGCUACGUGAGGAAGAGGAGGAGGAGAAGCGCGAGAUGGAUUUGCAGCAGCGCGAAGACGAGGAAGAGGAGCGGCUUUACGAACAAAGGUUAAGGGAGAUGGAAGAGGAGGAAGAGCUGGAAUAUCAACGAAUGCUCCGCGAAGAGGAAGAAGAAUUGGAGCGUGACUACCAAAGAUUUCUACGCGAAGAGGAAGAAGCAGAGGGGGAAGAGGAAGAGGAGGAAGCAGAGGAGGAAGAGGAAGAGGAGGAAACAGAGGAGGAAGAGGAAGAAGCAGAGGAGGAAGAACGAAAGCGCUUACAUUGGAAAGAUAGAGCCGAGGUGGAGAAGGUGGAGGAACGAGAACGCUUGGAGAAAGAAGCCGAACCGGAAGAUGAGGAUGAAGAUGCGGACGACUGCGACAGACCACUUCAAAAGAAACCGGAAAGUGUAUUCUCGGUCAGCGGAGUGGUCUUUACAACCUCUGAUUUCACGGACGAAUAUGAUUCUGAAUCAGACCGCUAUGGAAGUAGAAGUCAGAGCAACAGUGUCAUGGACGAGCGAAGCGAUAGCGAUUCUGGUGAGUACAGAAAUCAGACCUCUGCGAUCGAUUCGGAUGUUGCAAGCCAUUACAGCGACGAAGAAAGCGGUAUCUCCAGCGACGCAUAUGAUCCCUACGAUGACGGCCCCCGGACCAAUGCCAUUAGUGACAACGAUGACGAUGAAAGUGAUAGUUACGACUCUGACUAUUGAAGGUACCACUCAUCUUCUUGGCCAUGUGCAUAUUAAGCGUCCACACACCUCUUCCCAACGACACUACAUAUCGCAUCCUCAUUGCAUCGAACAAUGAAUUGUACAUUCAAAAACAAAUGACUUUAUUACUGUCGCC